AUGGAAGACCAACCAAGCCAGAUAAAGGAGCACCCUAAAGAAAGUGAACACAUUAAUCUAAAAGUAACUGGUCAAGAUGGUAGUGUAGUCCAUUUUAAAAUUAUGAAGAACACACCACUGCGAAAGUUAAUGGGGGCUUAUUGUAAUAGAGAUGGAAUACAAACAGGAGUUGUAAGAUUUAGAUUUGAUGGAAAUCCUAUAAAUGAUGAGGACACUCCGGCUAUGCUGAAAAUGGAAGAUGGAGAUUCAAUCGAUGUUUUUUCAACAACAGACGGGUGGUUGCUUGUCUCGAACAUGGUAGAAGAAAGCUUGACAUUGGAAUGGAAGUUAAAUUGCUGA